AUGUCCUCCAUAUGUUCAGGAAAAAAUCAUCCCGAUUAUUUAUUUAUUGUCUACUUUGUGUCUAAUUUCUUGUUUUGCUAUUCAGAGAGGAGGCAAGCAGAAGUUGCUCGCAUUAGGGAGAAGUAUCCUGAUAAAAUACCUGUAAUUGCGGAAAAGGCCGGAAUGAGUGAUGUUCCUGAUAUUGAAGAGAAGAAAUAUAUUGUAUCAGCUGAUUCUACUGUGGGGCAGUUUAUCUAUGGUAUCUGUCAAAAGAUUAAGCUCGAUGCUGAAAAAGCUAUAUUUGUGCUUAUAAAAAACACUUUACCUCCAACUGGCUCUUUGAUGUCUGCAAUCUAUGAGGAGAGCAAAGAGGAAGAUGGUUUUCUUUACGUUACUUAUAGUGGGGAGAAUACCUUUGGAUCCCAUCAAGAGUAGCAGGAUUUGUCUGCGUAAACGAAACAAGAAGACGUAUAUUCUCAACUCUGUUACUACUAAUGAUUUAACUAGCUUAUAUGUUCUGAUCAUCUUAUUUUGAUUUAUGCCAUUAUGGUACCAGAAUAAUUUUGACUUG